UUUAGGGUAGGGUACUGAUAAAUGUGCACAAUCCGCUCCCUCUCACUGUCUCACUCCGCCCACUGUUCAGUUACUGCUCAGUUCCAUGCAGCACGAAAACCUCGCCUCGUUCCUCGAUUCCUAAAAGACUGAUCUGGUUCAUCGUCACAGAGCUGAAGUAUGACCCGUCGCGUGGCAGUGAUUGGAGGAGGAAGUUCAGGUCUGGCCUGUAUCAAGUGCUGUCUGGACGAGGGGCUGGAGCCUGUCUGCUACGAAAGCAGCGAUGACAUUGGUGGUCUGUGGAGGUUUAAGGAGAAUCCGGAGGCUGACAGGGCCAGCAUCUACCACUCUGUCAUCAUCAACACCUCCAAGGAGAUGAUGUGUUUCAGUGACUUCCCCAUCCCUGCACACUUCCCCAACUACAUGCAUAACUCCCUCAUCAUGGACUACUUUCGAAUGUAUGCCGACCACUUCCAGCUCACCAAGCAUAUUCGCUUUAAUACCAAAGUCUUGCAGGUGAAGCAGAGAUCCGAUUUUUCUAAAUCGGGCCAGUGGGAUGUUGAGACAGAGAACAAGGAUGGCAAAAAGGAGAAACAUAUUUUUGAUGCUGUGAUGAUCUGUAUUGGACAUCACUGCCACCCCAACAUGCCUCUGCAUGACUUCCCAGGAAUUGAGACUUUCAAGGGAAAGUACUUCCACAGCAGAGACUACAAGACUCCUGAGGAGUGGAGGAAUAAAAAGGUUGUAGUGAUUGGAAUAGGAAACUCUGGAGGAGACAUAGCAGUGGAACUGAGCAGAGUCACCAAGCAGGUUUUCCUGAGCACGCGAAGAGGAGCUUGGGUUUUGAACCGAGUUGGGGACAACGGGCUGCCCUUAGAUUUGCACUUUAACAGGAUGAUAAAUACUCUGCGGAGCAUCCUUCCGUUUGGUGUUGUCUGUGGUCUAGGAGAGAGAAUGCUCAACCAAAGAUUUGAUCACACUCUCUACAAUCUUAAGCCAAAGCACAGGUUGUUCAGCCAACAUCCCACAGUGAAUGAUGAGCUGCCAAACCGCAUCCUUUCUGGAACAGUUCAAGUGAAACCCAACAUCCGCCGGUUUCAGGGCUCCAGUUUGGAGUUUGAUGAUGGAAGUGUUGUGGAAGAUGUCGACCUGGUGGUGUUUGCCACAGGUUACAGGUUUUCCUUUCCAUUCCUGGCCUCACAUGUGCUCUCAGUGUCUGAGAACAAAACAUCUCUAUACAAGUAUGUGUUUCCACCUGAGUUGGACCGCCACACUCUGGCUAUCAUUGGUCUAGUGCAGCCACUGGGAGCUAUUAUGCCCAUCUCUGAGAUGCAGGCCAGAUUGGCCACACGUGUCUUUAAAGGCUGUAUCAAGCUUCCCUCAGUGGCUUCCAUGCUAAAAGAUGCCCAGUGCAAGCAGGAGGAAAUGGCUAAACGGUAUGUCACCAGUCAGAGACACACCAUCCAGGUCGACUAUAUCAACUACAUGGAUGAGCUAGCAGAGCUAGUGGGGGUUCGACCCAGAAUCCCCAGGCUGCUGCUGACUGAUCCCAUGCUGGGACUAAAAGUGAUGCUCGGCCCCUGCACGCCUUACCAGUAUCGUCUCAGAGGGCCAGGGAAAUGGGCUGGAGCCCGUCAGGCCAUCUUUACUCAGUGGGAGAGAGUGGUUGAACCCAUGCAGACCAGGCCCUGUGAUGAGCCCAAACCCAAGAGAUCGUUUAUGUGGCCUCUGAUUCUGUCAGCUGCUGCUGCGGGCUUGGCUGCCUAUGUUAACAGGAACAACCUUCCAGCUUUCCUUCAAGAUCCCACUGCACUGUUGGACAAGAUAAAAGUGCACCUGCCUGCACAGUGAUGUGCAAUUAAUAUUUAAUUCAUAUCUGAUGUGAUUAUGACUGUAUAAUACAUACUGACUUUCUGGUAGGAUUAAUAAACUGCAUAGAUAGCAUAAAUCAAUAAAAAAAAAAUUUAAAUAGAUAUAAAUGCCAAAAGUAAAAGUACACAGCUCAUUACUGGUUAAAUUGCAUAAGCAAGCAGCAGCAUGUCAACGGUCCAGCUGGUCCAUGUGGUCUGCUAUUCUGUAUAAUGUUUGGUAAUUUAAACCGAAGCGAUGCAUUAUAUUUCAUAAGUGUAUAUGUAAAAUCUGUAUCUGAAAAGAUGUAGUGACUACAGCUGUGAUAUCAAAUAUACAACAUGUCCCUAAUUUCAGUGUAACACCAGACAAAAGGUAAAUAUUUAAGUAUAAGUAGCCAAUGUCAAAAUUGUACUCAAACACAGUACUUCAGCAAAUGUACAUUAUCUCCAGGCUGAACCUUAAAAUAAGAUAAUGCCUACAUUGGUCAAUAGCCCACCUAAUGGCAGCUUCAGAACCCAGCGGAGGUUGGGCUCGAGAAAACUAUAUGAAGCGAUGUAUUGUAGUCCUUUGUGUCUCACUGUGUCAUACUGGGAUCAUGUGAUUAAAGAUCUCCCUCUGGUUGGUUUUCUUUCUAAAGAUGACAUGGUAAAAUUGUGUGGUAGGGGCCUAAAAUCAAUACUCAAGACAUGAAAUUAAAAAUAAACAAUAACAAUGAAUAUGGA